GCUGCCCCUAACACAAUAACAACAACAGACCCUUGGCGUCUGCAGGGCCGCGCUGCCUGCUGGGUCCCAAGCUGUUUAUAACGCCACAUCAGGCCACAGGAGCACAGUUACGACAGCCCACGGGAGCACAGCUACAUCAGGCCACAGGACCAUAGCUGUGAUAUGCAGAAUAUGCAGUAAUGAGUUUCCUCCUGUGUUGUCAUCUAUUGUUGACAGUCAGAGAGAGGCAUGGUCGAGUGCAAUGGCAGAGAUGGUCAUUAUAUAUUAGGUCAGGCCAUUGUCCAGGAGGAAGACUUGCUGCACGAGUUCAAGGGUCACCGCAGCAUCUCCAUUCAUGACAUCCACAACAUGUGCCUCCAAAGUGGCGGGGCACCUGAACGCACCAGGAAUGCAGUUUCCAUAAGUAUUGGGGCUAUGCUAAACUCUGGUUAUGGAGGCAUCAUCUACCUUGGGGUCACUGACAACGGUCAGGUGAGAGGACUGACGCUUACCAGAUACCAGAUGGAUCAUAUUGAGGCAUCCCUGGAAUGGACACUGGGAAGAUUCACGCCACCAGUCCCUGACUACCGCUACCGUGUGGAUUUUGUGCCCGUGGUCUCCAACAAAACUCAGAGGCUCUCUCAUGAUAUUGAAGAACAUGUGGACUCCAAGAGACGUAGUCGUCCACACCACGUUGCUCAGCCUAAUUACUGCUGGUGUGACAUCGAUGCUGCUGCACAGCAGGCACUGGGAAAGCUUCCAAUAUUAUACGUAGUUGAGAUUCACGUGCGUCCCUGGGAGCCCCACAGCUUGCAGGGCAGGAAUUUGGGGAUUUCCCAAACACCUGCUCUCCCUCCCCUUCAUCUCAAUGAAGCUUCAAGCUGCUUCUUCAGGCAGAGUUGUCGGCAGCCGCGGUUGUGCUUAGAGGACGUGAGACGAUUACUGGUGCAUCGUGUUCAGGAGCAUUACACACUCAAGCUGGCUGCCCUCGAACACCGGUACGAGGCACUUCAGCACCUCGCACGCCAGCACAAUGUAACGUUUGCAACAGACAUGCACCCUAGUGAUGUCGAUGACGUACAAGUGAAAAAGUGAUGAUGCAAUGCAAAAGAUAUUUGUACUUUCUUAGAACUAAAAGUACAUAAUUGCAGACGAUGAGUCACAAUAACGUGGCUGAAGAUAGCAAGACUAAACCACACACCAGAAGAUGAGGAGACGAUAAUGUUUAGGUCCUUGCUGGACAAUAGACUUGAUAAUGGUCCAGGACGGACCGAAAUAUCCUGGACCAUCUCCUCAUCUUCUGGCGUGUGGUUUCGUCUUCAAAAGUACAUAAUUGUUUUGGACUAUUCAUGUACAUUAAAUGUUAAAAUAAAUGUACAAAAUGGGAAAUUUGUACUUUGGUCUUUACAAAUAUACUGUGAUAUACUUUUGGGUAUGUGCAAAGUCAAAUGCUGUGUAUACCUUAAUAUGAACAAGAAUACAAAUACUGAAUUAUUGUACAAUACUGUACAUAAAAGCUUUUCAGAUAUAUUUGAAA